AGGUGGAAGUACGUAUCACACAAAAUGCCUUUGGAUGUCUUUUCUUAAAAAAAGAAAAACAAGAGAGGAGCGGGCAGACGUGCUCCCCCGAGAGACAGAGGGGGGAAACAGAGCCGCGCUCCUGCCUCACGACCGCGCCGGCCGCCGCCGCCCCCUUUACGCUGCUAGGUUUCCUCAUAGUCCUCCUUGACUCCUUUCUUCUCGGCCUCCUAGUCCGGUGACGGCGGGAGACCGUCGCGGUCCGCGAAAGCGAGCACUUGGGCAGCGGCGAGUUUCGUUCCAUGGCGGGGCACUUGCUGGUGGCGGUGGCGGGGAGGAGGAGAAGAUGGUGGGAAGCGCCAUUGUUUGCGGCGGAGCAGCGCGCGACGCUGGUUAACGUGAAGCUGAAGCUGGUCAAGGAUCCGGCACUCGACGGGGCGUUGUCGCGCCAGCGCCACCUCCGCGCUGCCCACCACCUGCUCGACCUCGUGUCCUCGCGGCCCGGCCACCGUAUCUCGUGCCCCGAGCUCCUCGCCGAUAAGUCCGUCCACAAGAUGCUUGGCUCCACGGCCGCCGUGCUCGCCUUCCUCCGCAGAUACCACACCCUGUUCUCGCUCUCCCGCCGCGGUGGAGGCGGCGUGUCCCUCACGGACGCAGCGCUCGGCCUCCGGUGCCGGGAACUGGACUGCCUGGACGCCUCGGAGCCCGACCUGCUCGCUCGCCUCCGCCGCCUCCUCAUGCUCACCCUGCCGCGCUCGCUCCCGCUCCACACCGUCGACCUUCUCCGCUGGGACUUGGGCCUGCCCCGCGACUACCGCGCAUCGAUCCUGGCUCGCCACCUCGACCACUUCGACCUUAAGCAGCCCGAGGGCGACGAGCGCAUCUGGCUCCACCUCCUCUCCUGGGACGACCGUCUGGCUGUCUCGGAACUCGAGAAGGCUGCGGCAGGUGGCGACACCACCUGUCUCCCAUUUCCGGUGAGCUUCACGAGGGGGUUUGGCCUGAGGAGCAAGUCUAUGGACUGGCUGAAGGAGUGGCAGACGCUUCCAUACACUAACCCGUACGCCGACGCCUCGGGCCUUGACCGUCGCACUGAUGUGUCAGAGAAGCGGAAUGUCGGAGUGUUCCAUGAGCUGCUGCACCUCACAUUGGCAAAGAGGACAGAGCGCCACAACGUGAGCAACAUGAGGAAGCUUCUUGGCAUGCCACAGAAGUUUACCAAGGUAUUUGAGCGUCACCCCGGCAUUUUUUACCUCUCAAGGAUACAUGGUACACAGACAGUUGUACUCAGGGAAGCUUACGGUGGCACGAGCCAGCUGCUUGAGAAGCAUGCGCAUCCACUUGUUGCUAUCAGGGAGGAGUAUACCACCAUGAUGAGGGCUGCAUUGCCACCAAGGAGGAGCAGAGAAAGCUGCAACUAUUGUGGUGAACUGGAUGAGGAAAGUGAGGGAGAAGAAGGAACUGAACUCUCUUAAUGAAUGUCUUAUAGGCUCAGUUGAUUCUUAGUGCACCUGAAUGAAGCAAAGCUAGUGACUUGAGAGAAUGGAUGCUCUCUGAUGGUUCAGCAGCUACGAAUGCGUUGGAGAUUGAAAAAUGGAAUUACUCCCUCUGUUCCAAAAUAAUUGAAGUUGUAGUCCUAAAAGGCCAAUGUCUUCAAGCAUAGUUAUAUAGGGCUUGGUUAUGCUUGGAAGAGCAACUUUCAUUUUCCUUGCAGCCAUAUACAAGUUAGAAUUUUACAAUUUGCGUCCUUCAGAAACCAGACAGAGACAACUUCAAUGGUCUUUUCCUUUAGGAAAUCAUAUGGUGGGCUCUACAAUUACCAAUUAUACUUGCCUAUAAGAAGUUCAGUGCAUCUGGUCAACUCGUCAUAUUGCACGGCGAGGAAUUCAGAAGGAACCUCUUGGAGCAUUUCAGCUGGUGAAGAGCUGGGGGAUCUCUAGAGGAAUGAAGAACAACUGGUCACAACAGCAGGAACAGGGACAUCUGCCAAUUUAUUUGUGGUUGUUCAUCGCCGAAGACGAGAUAAUACAGUGGCCUAACCACACUUUCGAAGAGCUUAGCUCUUUCUUGAUGCAUGUUAUUAACAAUUGUGGGCUGCAAUGCUUCAUGCAAUUAAGGCUUGUUUGUGGUUAGAUGUCAGGCAGUGCUAAGAUGUUCAUCAGUUCACCAUUUCCUCAAAGCUUCUGCCCAAAACUGAUUCGUUUUAAUGCAUGUUCCUGAAAGACUGUAAUAUUGUAUUGCAUGUUCCUAAAAGACUGUAUAUUGUGCUAAGAUGUCUCGUGAAAGAUUUUAUUUA